GCUCCUCCUCUCUCGUCGCACAGCCAGAUCCUCUAAAAGCCUGCCGCACCAGUUAUUUCAGACAAGAAGCCUUCUGUUUGGGCGGAAAAAACAACAUGGCAGACGAGCUCCGGUCUCAGAGAAGAAGCGACGGAAUUGUGAUUGAAGAUGACUGGCCAGGCUACAGUUUAGACCUCUUCAGCUAUCCAGCCCAUUAUUCUGGAGACUUAGACUGUGUCAUCAUUCCACAUGGCGUCAUUAUGGACAGGACGGAGCGCCUCGCUAGAAACAUCAUGGAUGACCUCGGUGACCACGACAUAGUGGUGCUGUGUGUUCUGAAGGGGGGCUACCAGUUCUGUGCCGACCUGGUGGACAGGAUUAAGGCACUUAGUCGUAACUCCAACCGCACCAUUCCCAUGAGGGUCCACUUUAUCCGCCUUAAGAGCUACCUGAAUGACCGGUCCACAGAGGAUCUUCACAUAGUUGGAGCAGAAGAUCUGUCCUUUUUAGCAGGAAAGAACGUUCUGAUCGUGGAGGCCAUAGUCGGAACAGGGAAGACAAUGAAAACUCUCCUGGAGCACGUUGAAGCCUUCAGGCCCAAAAUGAUCAAAGUAGCUGGGUUGCUGGUCAAGAGAUUGCCACACAAUUCAGCAUGUCUUCCUGACUAUGUUGGCUUUGAGAUACCCAAUCGUUUUGUGGUUGGAUAUGCCUUAGACUACAAUGAAUAUUUUAGAGACCUUAAUCAUAUUUGUGUCAUCAGUGAAAGUGGAAAGCUGAAAUACAAGAUUUAAAAGGGGAUCGGAGAAAGAAGGGACUGACACACAGAUGUCAUCCAACAGCGAGCCUUAACGUAUUUCCUGAGAUGCCGUUGACUCACAGCUGGGACGUUUUUCAUUAAGCAUGCCUGUUUUGAUAUAACAUGUUUUAGACUACAUUUAACUGGAAAGUUUAGAACAAUUACAGAUAGUUUUGGUUCUUUCAUGCAUUAGCAAAUAUAAUUUUAACUCUGUUGCUUUCCAGUUUUGCUCUAUUUUUAUACGCAAUGUAAAGUUCUGAAUAAAUAUGAUGGUUUUUCUAAGAUGAUAGGAUUGUGUGUGAUGAGGUUACAGAAGGAAAUGAAACGUUUUCUAUUUUUUAAGACAUUUGUCAUGCCUUGUCAUGCCUUCACUCUUGACUUUUUAUGCUGCAUUAGAUUUCAUGUUUGUCGCCUUUUAAGCUCAGGGGAAAGCAAUGGUUUUGUACACAUUAAGUACACUAACUACCUACCUCUUUUUUGGUUUCUCAUAAUGUGAGCUUUAGUGGGAUCAUCUCUGUAUCUCUUUUUUUAAUUAACAAAAAAUAAAGUAUUUGUAACAUG